AUGACUUUCAAGGUCCCCUACGAUUACGAGUCCAGUCCCCCUUCGACCCCCGACAAGUCGAAGGGACAAAGCUUCUGGAGUAAUAUCUCCACAACACCCGCCGGCCCGCCACCCUCAAGCACAAACUCGUUCACGCCGCAAGGCCAGCCGCACUCCACCGCGUUCAAUACCUCUCAGCUCGACCAAUCGAGGACCGAACACUCCAACUCCCUGUUCACCAAAUCUGGAGGCUUCAACACCAAUGACAGCAUCUUUGGUUCCUCGUUCGGGUCGACCGACUUCGCGAUGCCCAAGAAAACCCAGCCGAAAGCUAACACCUUCACGGCACAGUCUCGCUUUACUUCUGCGACAAACGGGAGUGCUUUUGGUCAGUCGAUGAACUUUGGACAGUCAAAUGGAUACAAGUCGUCCAGGUUGAGCGAGUACCAUGAGGAGUACGACGACGAAGCGGAAAUGGAGCCCGAGGAGGAAGUUGAGGAAGAUGCGGAAGGUGAUAUGGAUAUCAGCACCCGUGAACCGGCUAGCCGCCUGAGCUUUUUGGAUUCAACAUUCGGAAAUCCGUUGUCGACACAGCCGCUGCCUACAAAGACGUUUCCCCAGCAGAUGUUCACCACGCAGCAACAGCCGACCCAGACCCAGCCACAGCCACAGCAACCGUCGCUCCUUUUCGGCCAACAGCGCAAAUCCAUCUAUUCAAACCCCGUCGAUGCUAAGCGCCCGAGGCUGGAUGAACAAUGGGCAAACCAGUCACCUCUCCGCAAGACGAAAUUAUCCCCCAAGAAAGCAUCGGCCAUGCCCUCGAUCCUACACAACCUCGCUUCCAGAACACGGGUCCCUCCGCCGGUCAAUGAGCCCGCUGAUAUGAUCAUUAAUACAGAGGAUACACUUGGUCGCUUGUGGGACGAGAUUAGAGACAAUCAGUACGCGCACCUUGAUCUUGAUUCGAUCCUGUCUUACACUGCCAAUAAGCUGGCAGCCACCUGGGACAUCUGUGCAGACCGUAGCGGCAUCACUAGACCCUACGGUGCCGGGUCCAAGAUUGGCCCGGGAGAACAGGCUCCUAAUUUGGUCAAGGCUAGCUUCCUUGCCUCAUUGCUACUUCAAAUCCACCACCCCUCUCGUGCCUCUGCCCCAAUCGCCAGCGCCUCCAACCCCAUGUCCCGUGGCGCACCCAACAGUAUGGUUAAGGCCAUGCAGCGAGCCAGCGUCGCGACCCCGUUACCUCAGAUUUUACUGGAUUGGCUGAACGGGAACCACGCAUCCCGAACAAAUGACCUCCAGGCUUUGCGGCAUGUGGAGCCAAACCCAACUGCUUCUUCUAACUUCUGGGACAUCAUCAAUGCUGCCGUUCUUCGUGGUCGGUUUGCAGAGGCUGCGGAAACUCUGCGCUCGGCCGAUUUCAACUACGCCCGAUCAGCCCUGGAGGAUGGUCUGCCCCAGCCAGGUUACCGCGGCGUCCAGCUGCAGAACAUACAGCGCUGUGUAAACAAAGCCUUGCAGGUUUUGGACUUUUGCCCCGGAUUCCAAGACGAUGACUGGAAUAUCACGGGUCCGGACUGGACACAGUACCGGAAGCGGGUCCUCGCAGCAGUCAAUGAUCUUGAAGAGUUUGCCGAGGGCGGCGAGAAAGAUCAAGCCGACGUCCCUGUGCAGGAGAACAAGUUCCAGGCCAUCAACUUUGGCCUUGCCAACUUUAACCCAAACCCGGUCAGUUUCACACAAUCUGCGCGGAUGGCCGAAAGCCGCGUACCGUGGACUAUCUACCAGAAUAUUCGAUCCCUAUACCGAAUUAUUCUUGGUGACACCACAACUAUUAAGGCCUACUCUCAAGACUGGGUGGAGGCCACCAUUGGGCUGACCGCGUGGUGGGAUGGUGAAGACGACGAUGGGGUGCCGAAUCUAGAUCUUCGCGCAAGCACUUCCAGCAACGACUUCCAGCGUCCCCGCGGAUCUAAAAACCAUCGAGCGGUAGACCGCAACACGCGUGAUGCGUACCUUCGGCGCCUCGAUUUGGCUUUUAGCAGCGCAACGAAUGAGCCUUCUGAUGAUACCGGCUUCCGGGUGAACACUAUGAGCAGCUUGGAGGUUGGAUUAGCCUCUGUCUUCGAGGGUAAUGUGCAGGGUGCCCUUGAGCUCAUACAAACUUGGUCCCUCUGCGUCGCGGCUGCUGUCACCGAAGUUGCCAGUCUUGGUGGAUGGUUUGAGGCUGGCGCCUCCAAGAAGAUGCCCGGUCUGAGCGAGCACGACUUGAUGGUCCUUUCGUAUGGACAAGACAGCCGGCCACCCGUUGAGAGUCUUCAGAAGGACGAUAUCCUCCGCAACUAUGCAUUUGGCUUGAAUGACCGUGGUUCAAUCGAGAACGAGACCGGUGCUCGUCAAGGCUGGGAAAUGGCGUUGGAAGUCCUCACCCGAGUUGAUGAUACGGAGAUGAUGAAAAAGGCCGUGUCAGAAGUCGUGAAUCGUCUGCCAUUGGAAGACCUUGCCCAGCUGGACCGAUUGGUCAUGCUGCUCUCUGAUCUAGGUCUGGAGGAGGAAGGACGGCGGGUUUCUGAGCGAUUCGGUGACCAGAUCACCUCUUCCGAGGAUUCCCACUCCUCGGAAUUUGGUCUUGCUCUCGUCUGCUAUGCCCGUUCUCACAAUCAGCGCAAGGUCAAGUCCGUCGUGGAUCUGUUGAUUUCUUACAGUCUUGUGCAUUCACGUGCCUUCCCGGCCGCCGCUGAUUUGGAUAGUCAGCUUUGGUCCUUGAUCAAAGACCCCAAGGUCUGCCUGUCUUCCAUUGCCUCUGUCGAUGAGGAGGCUGCCCGGAUCUUGCAGUUCCACAUCAGUGGAUAUGCCACUCUGCGCCGAUUUUACGAGAUUCGAGACGAGGCCGUGGAGUUACAGGAUGGCCAGCGGCCCAGAUUCAAGCCCCUGGCCCGCCGUCGCAUGGCCGCCAAGGCCCUUACGGCCGUCAUCAGCAGUGCGGCCGACAACAUCUAUGGAGGAUUGUACGACCCUGCUCGUGACUCGGCUGUGCAGGUGGAUGGACUGCUGGCCCUUCUUGGGGAGGCCUUGGUAUUUGUGAACCAACCAACACCGAUUCUUUCGGUCUCUCAACAAUUCACCAUUCUGUCAGCCAUUGAGGAUAUUGAGACGGUGACUCCUCGGGUCUUUGCGCAAUGCGAGGAAUGCUUCCGAUCCACCUUGCUGGAAUAUUACGCCGCUGGGCGCAGUUCUAGUGAAUUCGCACCGCCUUCUCCCCGCGAGUUACUGAAAAAAUCAGUAUCGGCAAUGUCGGGAUCAACCUUCUCCCUCAUCGGGAAUGAUAUGCUUGAGUCAGCUCGUAACGGUGGGCCUGCCUCGGCUGGUAGCUCAGGAGUCCUUGUGCCCCAUCCCGGUGACAAGGAUGCGGGCCGCGCGCGCGGAUGGGACUGGCGAGUGGGACUUUCCGAAGCUACAAAGGGUGAGGAUGUACUUCGGAUGUUGCGAACAGGUUUGGCACGAGGCCUGAGUUAUGGUGCAUUGGGGUCGGUUUAG